UGAGCUAUCACAGUAUAAAGAAGCUUAAAAAACAAAUUCAGAGUCAAAAAAAUAUUCUUUAAUCAAAAUGGAUAUUUUAAAUGUUGUCAUAUAUUUAUUAUUAAUUUUAAUACCCAUUUUGUAUGGCUUAAUACAAAAGCGAUACGCAUAUUGGAAAGAUCGUGGAAUUCCAUAUGUAGAACCAGUAUUCAUUUAUGGUAGUGCGCCAAAAUUGCGAUCUCAAAAACUUCUUUCUGAUAAUCUUCAAAGUAUUUAUGAUAAAUAUAAAGGGAAAAUUCCAUUCGUUGGUUUGUUUUUAUUUUUCAAACCAACAAUAACAAUAUUAAAUUUGGAUUACGUAAAAAAUAUUUUGAUUAAAGAUUUUCAUAGUUUUACUGAUCGGGGUAUUUAUUACAAUGAGCGUGAUGAUCCAUUAUCAGCUCAUUUAUUCGCAUUAGAUGGUCAUAAAUGGCAAUCAUUAAGGAAAAAAUUAUCACCAACAUUCACGUCUGGUAAAAUGAAAUUUAUGUUUCCAACAGUUGUUGAAGUUGGAGAGCGAUUUGCUGAUGUAUUUGGUACAUAUGUAAAAAAUGGGCAAGAUAUUGCUAUUAAAGAAUUAUUAGCUAGAUUUACAACUGAUGUUAUUGGAACAUGUGCCUUUGGAAUUGAUUGUAACAGUUUAAAGGAUCCAAAUGCUGAAUUCCGUUUGAUGGGACGUAAAAUAUUUAAUGAAGCAAGAAAUGGUCGUCUUGGGAGGGCGUUUAUAACAAAUUUUCCGGAGUUAUCGCGAAAAAUUGGUAUUAAAACGACACGUGAUGAUGUUAAUGAAUUCUUUAUGAAGGCCGUCAAAGAUACUGUAGCAUAUCGAGAACAAAAUAAUGUAUCAAGAAAUGAUUUUAUGGAUAUAUUAAUUCAAUUAAAAAAUGAAAAAACUCUUGGGACUGAAGAUGGUGCAAAAGGAAAUUUGACAAUUGAACAGGUUGCAGCUCAAGCAUUUGUAUUUUUCAUUGCUGGAUUUGAAACUUCUUCAACAACGAUGGGAUUUUGUCUUUACGAAUUGGCGAAAAAUCAAGAGGUCCAGAAUAAAUUAAGAAAUGAAAUACAGCAAGUUCUUAAAAGGCAUAACGGUAAACUUACCUAUGAAAGUAUGAAUGAAAUGCACUAUUUGGAACAAGUACUUUCAGAGACACUUCGUAAGUACCCCGUUGUGCCUAUUCUAUUUAGAAAACCAGUUGUAGAUUAUAAAAUGCCAGAUUCAGAUUUUGUAAUACCGAAAAAAACAUUAGUUUUUAUACCAGUAAAAUCAAUACAUUACGAUGAAGAAAUUUAUGAAGAACCAGAAAAAUUUGAUCCAGAUCGAUUUACACCGCAAGCUAUACAAACACGACAUCCACAAGCAUGGUUACCAUUUGGUGAUGGCCCAAGAAAUUGUAUCGGUUUAAGAUUUGGUAAAAUGCAAGCUAAAAUCGGUUUAGUAUUUCUUUUACAAAAAUUUAAAUUUAAUUUUUGUGAUAAGACAAUGAAAAAUAUUGUAUAUAAUCCAAAAUCUUUUGUAUUAGCAACAAAAGAAGAUAUUGUUUUAAGAUUUAUUUUUUUGCUAUAUAUUUUAUUAAUUUUAAUACCUAUUUUGUAUGUUUUGAUGAAAAAACAUUACGAUUAUUGGAAAAAUCGUGGCAUUCCAUUUGUAGAGCCAAAAUUAAUAUUUGGUAAUGCACCAAAAUUGGGAUCUCAAAAGCAUAUUUUUGAUAAUAUUCAAAAAAUUUAUGACAAAUUCAAAGGAAAAAUUCCUUUUAUUGGUUUAUUUUUAUUUUUCAAACCAACGAUUACAAUAUUAAAUUUGGAUUACGUAAAAAAUAUUUUGAUUAAAGACUUUCAUGUUUUUGCUGAUCGGGGUAUUUAUUACAAUGAGCGUGAUGAUCCAUUAUCAGCUCAUUUAUUCGCAUUAGACGGUCAUAAAUGGCAACCAUUAAGGAAAAAAUUAUCACCAACAUUCACGUCUGGUAAAAUGAAAUUUAUGUUUCCAACAGUUGUUGAAGUUGGAGAGAGAUUUGCUGAUGUAUUUGGUACAUAUGUAAAAAAUGGGCAAGAUAUUGCUAUUAAAGAAUUAUUAGCUAGAUUCACAACUGAUGUUAUUGGAACAUGUGCAUUUGGAAUUGAUUGUAACAGUUUAAAGGAUCCAAAUGCUGAAUUCCGUUUGAUGGGACGUAAAAUAUUUAAUGAAGGUCGCUUUGGUCGAAUAUUUACAGCUAAUUUUCCAGAUUUUUCAAGAAAACUGGGUAUAAAAGGAACAAGUGAUGACGUUAGCGCAUUUUUCAUGAAGGCUGUUAAAGAUACUGUAGAAUAUAGAGAACAAAAUAAAAUAUCAAGAAAUGAUUUCAUGGAUCUUUUGAUUCAAUUAAAAAAUGAGAAAACGAUUGGAAUUGAAGAUGAUAAAAAUGGAAACUUAACAUUUCAACAAGUUGCUGCUCAAGCAUUUGUAUUUUUUAUUGCUGGAUUUGAAACUUCCUCAACAACGAUGGGAUUUUGUCUCUACGAAUUGGCGAAAAAUCAAGAGGUCCAGAAUAAAUUAAGAAAUGAAAUACAGGAAGUUCUUAAAAGGUAUAACGGUAAACUUACCUAUGAAAGUAUGAAUGAAAUGCACUAUUUGGAACAAGUACUUUCAGAGACACUUCGCAAGUACCCAGUAGUACCAAUUUUAUUUCGAAAACCAGUUAUAGAUUAUAAAAUGCCAGAUUCAGAUUUUGUAAUACCGAAAAAAACAUUAGUUUUUAUACCUGUAAGAUCAAUACAUUACGAUGAAGAAAUUUAUGAAGAACCAGAAAAAUUUGAUCCAGAUCGAUUCACACCGGAAGCUAUAGAAACACGACAUCCACAAGCAUGGUUACCAUUUGGUGAUGGCCCAAGAAAUUGUAUCGGUUUAAGAUUUGGUAAAAUGCAAGCUAAAAUUGGUUUAAUCUUCCUGUUGCAAAAUUUUAAAUUUAGCUGUUGCAAUAAAACAAUGGAAAGUAUUGUGUAUGAUCCAAAAUCUUUUAUACUAGCGACAAAAGAAGAAAUUGUUUUAAGAGUUGAAGAAGUUUAAAAGAGAUCGUGUACAUACGCCGAAUAGAUCUAAAUACGUUCAUUUUUAUUUUUAUUUAUAUGUUUAAGCUUGUCUCAAUAAUAGCGAUUUCUGGGUAUACAUAUAAUAAAUAUUUAUAAAGUUAUAUAAUUUCCCAUUAGUAAUGAAAGAUUUGAAUUAUUUGCAAAUUAGACUUUUCAGCUUGACUUUAUUAUAUUAGACUUGAGAAUUUUGAAGUUGAUAACUUAGUUAAUUCUUAAUAAUUGUUUGUUAGGUUAAUAAUUUGUUACCUAGUUAAUAAAGUUCUAUGUAAAUUCAAUUA